GGCUGAAGCCGGAAGCUCCACGUCGGUGAAUUGGGCUACGAAAGCUUCUAAGCCAGUUGGGUGGCCGCAGUCGCGGCUCUGAGCGGGAGCCGAAGCCAUGCCUCUCCGACUUGAUAUCAAGCGUAAAUUAACAGCUCGAUCAGACCGAGUAAAGAGUGUGGACUUGCAUCCCACGGAGCCAUGGAUGUUGGCUAGUCUAUACAAUGGUAGUGUCUGUGUUUGGAACCAUGAAACACAGAUGCUGGUGAAAACCUUUGAAGUAUGUGACCUGCCAGUCAGAGCUGCUAAAUUUGUGGCAAGGAAGAAUUGGGUUGUUACAGGAGCUGAUGAUAUGCAAAUUAGAGUUUUCAACUACAACACUUUGGAAAGAGUUCAUAUGUUUGAAGCACACUCAGAUUAUAUCCGCUGCAUUGUUGUACAUCCUACACAGCCUUUCAUUCUAACAAGCAGUGAUGACAUGCUUAUUAAGUUAUGGGACUGGGAUAAAAAAUGGUCCUGUUCUCAAGUCUUUGAAGGACACACACAUUAUGUAAUGCAGAUUGUCAUAAAUCCUAAGGACAAUAACCAGUUUGCAAGUGCCUCUUUGGACAGGACAAUCAAGGUGUGGCAGCUUGGUUCUUCUUCUCCCAACUUCACUUUGGAAGGCCAUGAGAAGGGUGUAAACUGUAUUGAUUACUACAGUGGAGGUGAUAAGCCAUAUCUAAUUUCAGGAGCAGAUGACCGUCUUGUUAAAAUUUGGGAUUACCAGAAUAAAACCUGUGUGCAAACUCUGGAAGGACACGCACAGAAUGUGUCCUGUGUUAGUUUCCACCCUGAGCUGCCAAUUAUCAUAACUGGCUCUGAAGAUGGAACUGUUCGAAUCUGGCAUUCAAGCACUUAUCGUCUGGAAAGUACUCUCAACUAUGGCAUGGAGCGGGUAUGGUGUGUGGCAAGCCUAAGAGGAUCAAAUAACGUGGCUCUGGGAUAUGAUGAAGGUAGCAUCAUUGUUAAGCUUGGCCGUGAAGAGCCAGCCAUGUCAAUGGAUGCUAAUGGAAAGAUUAUUUGGGCUAAGCACUCAGAAAUUCAACAAGCUAACCUGAAAGCAAUGGGAGAUACUGAAAUUAAAGAUGGAGAGAGGCUACCACUUGCUGUGAAAGAUAUGGGCAGUUGUGAAAUAUAUCCUCAGACCAUUCAACAUAACCCCAAUGGGCGAUUUGUGGUUGUGUGUGGGGAUGGGGAAUACAUCAUUUACACAGCUAUGGCAUUGAGAAACAAGAGUUUUGGUUCCGCUCAGGAGUUUGCUUGGGCACAUGAUUCUUCAGAGUAUGCGAUCAGGGAAAGCAACAGCAGUGUCAAGAUAUUUAAAAACUUCAAAGAGAAAAAGUCCUUUAAACCUGACUUUGGAGCAGAAGGUAUCUAUGGUGGCUUUUUGCUGGGUGUCCGAUCUGUCAAUGGCUUGGCAUUUUACGACUGGGAAAAUACAGAACUUAUACGCAGAAUUGAAAUACAGCCAAAACAUAUUUUCUGGUCUGACUCUGGUGAACUUGUUUGCAUAGCCACAGAAGAAUCCUUCUUCAUUCUGAAAUACCUUUCUGAGAAAGUUGCAGCAGCACAGGAUUCACACGAGGGAGUCACUGAAGAUGGCAUUGAAGAUGCCUUUGAGGUCCUUGGUGAGAUUCAAAAGAUUGUGAAAACAGGAUUGUGGGUAGGCGACUGCUUUAUUUUUACCAGUUCAGUGAAUAGACUGAAUUACUAUGUUGGAGGAGAAAUUGUCACCAUUGCACAUUUGGACCGGACAAUGUAUUUGUUGGGCUAUAUACCCAAAGACAACAGGCUUUAUCUUGGUGAUAAAGAAUUAAAUAUAGUGAGUUACUCCUUGCUGGUCUCAGUGCUAGAGUAUCAGACUGCAGUGAUGAGGAGAGACUUCAGUAUGGCUGACAAAGUUCUUCCCACAAUUCCAAAGGAGCAGAGGACCAGAGUUGCGCAUUUCCUUGAGAAGCAGGGCUUCAAACAACAAGCACUUGCAGUAUCUACAGAUCCUGAACAUCGCUUUGAACUUGCUCUUCAGCUUGGCGAAUUGAAGAUUGCAUAUCAACUUGCAGUGGAAGCUGAAUCUGAACAGAAGUGGAAGCAGCUUGCUGAACUUGCAACCAGUAAAUGCCAGUUUGGCCUUGCCCAGGAGUGCCUGCACCAUGCACAAGACUAUGGUGGCUUACUGCUUUUGGCCACAGCCUCAGGAAAUGCAAGCAUGGUGAACAAGCUAGCUGAGGGAGCAGAAAAAGAUGGCAAGAACAAUGUCGCAUUCCUGAGUUAUUUUCUGCAAGGAAAGCUUGAAAACUGUCUUGAGCUCUUGAUUAAAACAGGACGCCUACCAGAGGCUGCUUUUCUGGCACGAACAUAUUUGCCAAGCCAAGUUUCAAGGGUUGUAAAACUGUGGAGAGAAAAUCUGUCUAAAGUCAACCAGAAAGCUGCCGAAUCCCUGGCUGACCCCACAGAAUAUGAAAACUUGUUUCCUGGAUUAAAAGAGGCUUUUAUUGCUGAAGAAUACCUCAAGAAGACACAUAGUGAUCGGUGGCUAGCCAGUGAAUAUCCCCUAGUCACUCCAAAUGAAGAGAGAAACAUACUUGAAGAAGCCAAAGGUUUCACACCGGAAAGAGGGGAGGUGACAAAGAAGGAGCCAGAAGAGGAAGAACUAGCCCCAUCUCCUAAGCCUGUGGUAGUGCUUCCAGUUGCAGGAAAGGACCAAGUUGAAACAGUAAAAGAUGAAAAGGUAUUGGAUCUGGAUGAAGUCUUGGAUAUCUUGGAACUGGAGGAUAUUGAUACUACCGACAUUAAUUUGGAUGAAGAGAUAUUUGACUGAUUUUUUUUUUUUUUGGAAGACCAAACUUCUUAUAAACUGCUUUUCCCUACAUUUGAUUAUUAGUGCAAUCUUCGUGUUGGAAAACAACUUUUUUUAAUACUAGCCCGAAGUAGGUAGACCCAUCAUAGUGUGCAUUGGAAACUUCCUUUUGUUGUGGGAUCCUCAGUCACAAGAAGACAAAGUCUUCUAAUAAAUGUCUUUAAAAUUC